ACCUUUAACUUUUUUGACACCAAAAAUCUAAAGUUACAAAUCCUUCACUUUCCAACAUUAUUUUAUACGACUACCAUAAAAAUCUCCUAUAGUAAUAGUACCCUUCUUCUUUAGGUAAUUAGCAAAUUUGUCUGCUAUCACACCAAUUUUUUUCUUUGCCCUUACACCCCUAAUAUAAAUUCUUAGUCUGCGUUUCUUCAAGGGUUUUACAACAGAAAGAAGAAAUAAAAUUAGGGGUUUGAGAAAAAAAAAAAGAGGGUUCCUAAAAAAUAAAAAGAGGGUAUUUUUUUUUUAGUAUAAAUUGAUGGCUGCUGAAGAAGGAAUUAUUUCUGGUACAGAUUUACCAGUGAAAAGACCAAGAGAAGAAGAAAAUAUGAGUGAAAAUAAUAAUAAUGGUGUUAAUGGAGUUUCAAUGGAAACUGAAGAGAAACCCAAUUCUAUGUCUUCUAUUAUUCCGGGCUGGUUUUCUGAAAUCAGCCCAAUGUGGCCUGGUGAAGCGCAUUCACUAAAAGUGGAGAAAAUUCUGUUUCAGGGCAAGUCAAAGUACCAGGAUGUCAUUGUCUUUCAGUCCUCAACAUAUGGGAAAGUUCUUGUUUUAGAUGGGGUAAUUCAGCUCACUGAGAGAGAUGAGUGUGCAUACCAAGAGAUGAUCACUCACCUUCCGCUUUGCUCUAUUCCAAACCCCAAAAAGGUUUUGGUCAUUGGAGGAGGAGAUGGAGGUGUCUUGCGUGAAGUAGCCCGCCAUUCAUCAGUUGAGCAUAUAGAUAUUUGCGAAAUUGAUGAGAUGGUAGUGACGGUUUCUAAGGACUAUUUCCCUGAGGUAGCUGUUGGAUAUGAUGAUUCUCGUGUGAAAUUGCAUAUUGGUGAUGGAGUUGCAUUCUUGAAGGAGGCUCAAGAGGGGACUUAUGAUGCGAUCAUUGUUGACUCAUCUGAUCCUAUAGGUCCAGCUAAAGAGCUCUUUGAGAAACCAUUUUUCCAGUCAAUCGCAAGAGCACUCCGACCAGGUGGGGUUGUGUGCACUCAAGCUGAAAGUAUAUGGCUGCACAUGCAUAUUAUCGAGGAUAUUGUUUCAAACUGCCGUGAGAUUUUCAAGGGCUCCGUCAACUAUGCCUGGACUACGGUUCCUACAUACCCAAGUGGUGUGAUUGGCUUCAUGCUCUGUUCUACUGAGGGGCCACAAGUUGAUUUUAAGCACCCAGUGAACCCUAUUGAUAAAAUUGAGAACACUGAAAAUGAAGCUCGGCCAUUGAAAUUCUACAACUCUGAGCUACAUUCUGCCGCUUUUUGCUUGCCCUCCUUCGCCAAGAAGGUCAUUGAAUCAAAAGCCAAGUAAUCUUGGUUGGUCAUGAAGACCGCGUUUGCAGCUUGAGGAGAUUUUAUUUGGGUUGAGCAGAGAAUAAGUCGGCCUUUAUUGAACAUUCGAAGCAGAUAAGCUUUCAAGUCCCCUGAGAGGAUAGCAUAUUAGUUGAAAUUUCUUUCCCUUUAAACAAACCUGAGAGAUUUCAUGGGAACCAAUUUGUUAGCUUGUUUUACUGUAGUUUUGUGAUGAUAAAGGAUGUCAUGAGGUUUUGAUUCUCAUGUUUUAAUGAAGAUGUUGCUAUAUUAAUAUUUCCUCUUAAAUAUGGUAUGAUCAGGUAUUUUAGUUA